AUGUUCAAAGGCAUUUUUGCAGCAACUCCGUGUCGAUUUGCUCACACUGAUGUUACGUUCCCGAAGUACGAUGAAAGCGAACGUUCUAGCGCAGCAGUGGAUCCAACAAAGCCAGCAAGGGAAACUGAAGACUAUCGCCGUGCAACCUCUCAAGGAAUUAUGUUUGGAGUAAGUGGCGCAGCAUAUCUCUAUAUGGCAACGAAGCUUGUGCAGACACUUGUCAUAUUCAAAAGUAUGCCAGCAGAUCAACUUGCUAUGGCCAAUACGGAGAUCGAUCUGAACGAAAUCCCCGAAGGCCAGACACUUGUCAUAUUCAAAAGUAUGCCAGCGGAUCAACUUGCUAUGGCCAAUACGGAGAUCGAUCUGAACGAAAUUCCCGAAGGCCAGUGCAAGACGUACACAUGGCGUGGCAAGCCAUUGUUUGUGGCGCAUCGCACGCAAGAAGAUAUCGAAAAAGCGAAAGAUGUGAAGUUGAGCGAUCUGCGUGAUCCGGAAACAGACGAGCAGCGCGUGAAAAAGGAGGAAUGGCUUAUAACAAUUGGUGUUUGCCCGCAUCUUGGAUGUGUCCCGCUUGCUGGCAAAGGUGAAUUUGGAGGCUAUUACUGCCCCUGUCAUGGAUCAACAUUUGAUACGUCUGGGCGUAUACGCUUCGGACCUGCGCCUAACAAUCUCGAAGUACCACCGUAUGUAAUCACCGAAGCUAAUAGACUCAUCGUUGGUGACUAA